AGCCAUACUAGUUCAAGAUCCCGACGACUACCCCGGUAUCGAACCUCUUACCAUCCGGUAUCGAACUUUCUUUGCCAGGAGCCAGGACUCGCAUCUGGCCUACUCAUGCCUCGCAUGCAACUCAAACUUGACUCGAUUCCGUCCGCCAUGUGCGGAAUUGGCAAGAUGGACGCACGCAGCAAGUGUAUCCUUCUUGCAGCCAUCCUUACCGCUGUCCUUCCCUUGGAGAUCCAUCAUUUGAUGGCCGCUGUCUUGGGAGCGGCAGGGUAUAUGUUCAUGCAGUGGUUGGAGCCCACGGUGAAGCGCCAGCCAGAGGGCGCUCCUCCGCGCCGACCCUACACGGAGAAGCCAAGUUCCCGUCUGGCUUCUUCGGCCGCGCGCGGGAACUCCUGGGAGGAGCGCCGGAGCCGAGGUUUCACUGCAGCGGAGGACCAGAAGUGGAGUGCUCUCCGAGCGGUGCCCGCUGCUCCGGCGGUAAAGCCUGACGUCAAGCGUCCCAGCGUGAUGCCUGUCAAGGCGCCGAAGUUUGCCGCCAGCAACUGGCAGGAGGAGGUGAACGAACUCCUGGAGACCUUGAAGCCGAAUGCAGCCAGCCGUGAACAGGUGGAGCAGAUUGCCAGAGCCGUGAAGCGCUCCUUGGGCCCCGUGCUGCCGGGUGCAGCGGUGGACGCCUUCAGCUUGGCGCGGCCCAUGGCGGGCACCGCCUUUGGAGUCGCUGUGCCCGAGGUGGAAGUGGUUGUCACGCUGGAGGGCAAGGGCGCUGAUGGAAAGCUGCAGAAAUCCCUGAUCCGCACUUGCACUGAUCGCUUGGUCUCCCAGGACUCCUUCAAGUUUCGGCGCUCGGCCUUCCGCGGGGCCGAGCCGAAGGUCACGCUCAUCACCCCACCGGAGCAGGGCAACAUGCCCUUCAACUUGGCCGUGAAUGCCUUGAUGCCUGCGCGCUGCAGCGAGCUCUUCAAGGCCUGCGAGAUGGACCCCGUGGCGAUUGAGCUGAUCUUGCUGGUGCGCCGCUGGGCCAAGGACCGUGGCAUCAGCCAUGCUGCAAAAGGCCAUUUGUCACCUUACAGCUGGAUGUUGCUGGCCAUCUACUACUUGCAGGUGGGCACUCACCAGCUGCCGGCAAUGAGCUUUGUGGUCUCCAAGCGAGACCGCCCGGAGCCCAGCCCAGAGAAGAACAACGUUUCGGCCGGCGAGCUGCUGCAAGGUUUCAUGAAGUUCUACGCCUCCUUCGACUGGGCGAAGGAAAAUAUCUCAGUUCGUCAAGGCCAACGAGCAGCUCCCACACGACCGCUGAUGCUCCUGCACGAAGACGGCAAGACGCAGCCAGGACCCUGCAUCGAAGACCCUUUUGAGACGUCAAACAACCUUGGGUCCUGCAUGCAUUGGCUCAGUAUGAGCCGGUUGCAGGAAGAGUUUGCACGUGGAGUACAGCUGUCUGGCGCGUCCUUGGCGGAGCUCCUGGAGCCUUGGACUCCUCCGGACCAUGCGGAUGCAGACUGAGUAGAUCCCGUCCUCCCCGGGUGGAGCGAAGUCCAGUCACGUGCAGGGCGAAGUCCAGUC